UGGCUGAAGACGCAGCACACCUCCAGCCAUGUUUAUUCCAGUUGGCCUUUUCCUCUCUGCCCCCUUGUCUGCUCAUCCCAACCCUCUGAAACCCUCUCAAAAAUCCUCCCCACAUGUUGGCAGCUUUUAUAUAACGUUAAAGUGGGUGAAACAGACGGCUGGAGGGACGCCAGGGCUCCCUGGUGGUAUUAACACAAAAUGAGAGGGAGACGGGACUAAACGAUGAGACGAGCUGCAUGUAGAGGAAGCAUUUGGUGAUUGGAGAGGAUUAGAGGAUUAGUGACACAGCUGACUGCGCCGAGGCUCCAUCAGCAUCAUCGCUCGGUCUCCUUCUCUGUGUGCAGCAUCUCCAUCUUCGUCUCCGUCCAACUGUCCUCAUCAUCAGAGCAGAAAAACACCAAUAAUGACGCUCCAAUAAGAAGACGCCAGAGAUGCCACUGAAGAAGAGCAGCAGAGCUAAACCACCCAUCUUCAUCCAAAUUUCCACGCUUCAAACUCUCUGAACAGGCUGCCAUGGGUCUCCUUCUCCUUCCCCUUCUCGCCUUUCUUCACCUCCCAUCCCUUCUCCCAUCCGUCGAGGCCUCACGGUCCUGCCCCUUCAGGUGCACUUGCUACGAGCACGCCGACCUGGUGGACUGCCACAGCCGCGGGUUCGAACACGUUCCCAGGGGUCUUCCACACGGCACAUGGCUGCUGGAGCUGGGAGGAAAUAACCUCAGCGUGAUCGGGACCCGAGCGUUUACUGGACUGUGGUCGCUGCGGGUGCUGGUGCUGACCAACAGCCAGAUUAGAGAAGUACAACCGCAGGCAUUUUUCUCCUUGUCCUUCCUGGAGAAACUGGAUCUGAGUUGGAACCAGUUAAGGUCUCUACCAGUGGACUUCUCCAUAAGUCUGUCUGCUGUCAGGGAGCUCAGACUGGAGCACAAUGACCUCCACCACAUCUCUGGAUACAGCUUUGAGUAUCUGGACAACAUGGAGAAACUGGACCUCAGUCACAACCAGCUGACGUCGAUCGGCCCCGGCGUGUUCAGGGGCCUCUCCAGGCUCCGACAGCUCUACAUUAACCACAACAGACUGACCGUGGUGCAGCAUGGGAGUCUGGAUAUGCUGCCUGGACUGGAGAUGCUCCAGCUGGGGAACAACAACAUCUCUCAGAUCGACAGCGACGCUCUGGCUCCUCUCUACAGCCUCGCCGUCCUCGUCCUGGAGGGAAAUAACCUUCAUCACCUCAAGUUUAAGACCUUCAUCAGCCUCCAUACCACAGCUACACACAUCCAGCUGGCAGGUAACCCGUGGAGCUGUGACUGCGAGCUGCACCGAGUCUUCAGUAAGAUCUUACACGUGCGACACCUCCACAUCGAUGACUACCGUAACGUGACGUGUAAGGACCCGCAGCAGUUAGCGGGGGCUUCUCUGGCCUGGGUGGACAGCCAGCUCUGUGUGGCAGAAACCGCCACCGUACUCGUCAUCACCGUCACUGUGCUGGUCACUGUGGUGGCGGCGAUGGUGAUGGCAGAGAGGAACAGGAAGAGGAACCGAGGGAAGAACUGGGACACUGAGUCACAGGCACAAACUUAGAGACCUCAAUAUUUACCAAAAAACCCAAAAAACAACGGAAAAAGUAAAAAAGUCUGUGUGGAGAGUUGGAGCUGACCUCACAGGCUCCUAUAGUAACAAGGAGGGAUUCUGCAGACAAUAUCGCCGCCAUGAUUGGGCCAUUUCUUACCUUUCCAGUGAUGCUCAAACAGGCAUGACAAUGCUCUGUACGCCAAAAGACUCAAAGAAGGCUGACGUGUGGUUUAAGUUGUUGCUCCUUUUCCCACUUUGCAGCAGAUUUUCUGCACAUUUUAAGACAUUAACUGUGCUUAUGGUCCAUCGAUCUUCUGGUUAAUACAUUUACAGCUCCAAAA